CCAACACCACCACCACUACCAGCACCACCACCACUACCAGCACCACCACCACCACCAGCACCACCACCACUACCAACACCACCACCACUACCAGCACCACCACCACUACCAACACCACCACCACUACCAGCACCACCACCACUACCAGCACCACCACCACUACCAGCACCACCACCAACACCACCACCACUACCAGCACCACCACCACUACCAGCACCACCACCACUACCAGCACCACCACCACUACCAGCACCACCACCAACACCACCACCACUACCAGCACCACCACCACUACCAGCACCACCAACACUACCAGCACCACCACCACUACCAGCACCACCACCACUACCAGCACCACCACCAACACCACCACCACUACCAGCACCACCACCACUACCAGCACCACCACCAACACCACCACCACUACCAGCACCACCACCACUACCAGCACCACCACCAACACCACCACCACUACCAGCACCACCACCACUACCAGCACCACCACCACCACCAGCACCACCACCACUACCAACACCACCACCACUACCAGCACCACCACCACUACCAACACCACCACCACUACCAGCACCACCACCACUACCAGCACCACCACCACUACCAGCACCACCACCAACACCACCACCACUACCAGCACCACCACCACUACCAGCACCACCACCAACACCACCACCACUACCAGCACCACCACCAACACCAGCACCACCACCACUACCAACACCACCACCACAACCACCACCACCACCACCACCACCACCACUACCAGCACCACCACCAACACCACCACCACUACCAGCACCACCACCACUACCAGCACCACCACCAACACCACCACCACUACCAGCACCACCACCACCACCACCACCACUACCAGCACCACCACCAGCACCACCACCACUACCAGCACCACCACCAACACCACCACCACUACCAGCACCACCACCACUACCAGCACCACCACCAACACCACCACCACUACCAGCACCACCACCAACACCACCACCACUACCAGCACCACCACCACUACCAGCACCACCACCACUACCAGCACCACCACCAACACCACCACCACUACCAGCACCACCACCACUACCAGCACCACCACCACUACCAGCACCACCACCAACACCACCACCACUACCAGCACCACCACCACUACCAGCACCACCACCACUACCAGCACCACCACCACUACCAGCACCACCACCAACACCAGCACCACCACCACUACCAACACCACCACCACUACCAGCACCACCACCACUACCAGCACCACCACCACUACCAGCACCACCACCAACACCACCACCACUACCAGCACCACCACCACUACCAACACCACCACCACUACCAGCACCACCACCACUACCAACACCACCACCACUACCAGCACCACCACCACUACCAGCACCACCACCACUACCAGCACCACCACCACUACCAACACCACCACCACUACCAGCACCACCACCACUACCAACACCACCACCAACACCACCACCACUACCAACACCACCACCACUACCAGCACCACCACCACUACCAGCACCACUAAAGAGUCUUUUGACCACAGCUAAAGAGUCUUUGACCACAGCUAAAGAGUCUUUGACCACAGCUAAAGAGUCUUUGACCACAGCUAAAGAGUCUUUGAACACAGCUAAAGAGUCUUUGACCACAGCUAAAGAGUCUAAAACAACAGCUAAAGAGUCUUUGACCACAGCUAAAGAGUCUUUGACCACAGCUAAAGAGUCUAUGCCCAGACCACAGCUAAAGAGUCUUUUGACCACAGCUAAAGAGUCUUUGACCACAGCUAAAGAGUCUUUGACCACAGCUAAAGAGUCUUUGACCACAGCUAAAGAGUCUUUGACCACAGCUAAAGAGUCUUUGACCACAGCUAAAGAGUCUUUGACCACAGCUAAAGAGUCUUUGACCACAGCUAAAGAGUCUUUGACCACAGCUAAAGAGUCUUUGACCACAGUUAAAGAGUCUUUGACCACAGCUAAAGAGUCUUUGACCAUACCACAGCUAAAGAGUCUAUGA